CUGCGCCGGCGCGCGGAGCGGUGCAUUUUGGGACAUGUAGUUUUCUCGCGGCAUUGUGGGAGUCGUGGUUCGUGUUCUGGCGGCGAGCUGGAUCUUCCGUGGCCUGGAGUUGACAGUGAGACCUGCCGCUCCGGCCCCCUCUCCAACUUGCCUGAGUGGAGUGGCCCGCACUGACCAGGAGGGAGCUCUCAGUUGGCCCAGCAUGAACUGGAAGGUUCUUGAACACGUGCCCCUGCUGCUGUAUAUCUUGGCAGCGAAAACAUUAAUUCUCUGCCUGGCGUUUGCCGGAGCCAAAGUAUACCAAAGGAAAAAAUUGGAAGCAAAACGGCAAAAACUGGAAGCUGAAAAGAAGAAGCAGUCAGAGAAGAAGGAUAACUAAAGGGAAAUCAAAGAUUGAAAAGUAGCCCCCACCGUACAUGGUGAAGAGCAGAACCAGAACUGAACCCAGGUUGAACGUUCAACCCCAGUGUGUCCCUCCCGGUCACACUGUGUCCUGGUCCUGAAUGCCGAGUUCAGGGAGGGAGCUGCGGGAAGCGCUCAGCUCCUGUUUCUCACCCCAGGGGAGGAGACCGUCCUCUCACUGGUCCUUAGUGAGCUGGAUGCCCUGCCAGGCCAAAGAAGUUAUUGUUAUGAAAUCUUGCCUUUUUUUAAAAAAAAGAUGUUUUGGGGGCUUCCCUGGUGGCACAGUGGUUGAGAGUCCGCCUGCCUAUGUAGGGGACACGGGUUCGUGCCCCGGUCCGGGAAGAUCCCACA